AUGGACCCCAGCAAAGAGGGUCUCUUGGGCGACAAGUCCCGCCGCUCUUAUGAUCGCGAUACCGAAGACGGCUCCGACAUCGAUGCCACCGAUUACCUCCCACGAGAGGACCAGAAGGAGGAAUCGUCCUUCCCGAAACCCGCCUUCCUCUCCACUAGGCCUACCGGCUGCUUCGCAGUGCUCAAGAGACUGUUCCAAGGACGUUCACGACUAUGUCUGUUCGUCGUCGCUCUUGCUUUCAUCAUGUGGAUCGUCAUCAGCGUUGGAGGAGCUGUUAUGUAUAAGAAGUUCAAAGGCGCGCCGCCCACCGGCCUGUCACCGCCGUGGUACCCGACCCCGAAAGGUGGCAUAUCCAAGAACUGGGCCGAGAGCUACAGGAAAGCCGGCGAGAUGGUUUCCAAGAUGACGCUGCCGGAGAAGGUCAACAUCACCACUGGAACUGGCUGGAUGAUGGGUCUUGCUGUCGGCACGACUGGCCCCGCCGUUCAUGUCGGCUUCCCCCAACUUCAAUUGCAGGACGGGCCGCUGGGCAUCCGAUUCGCCGACAAUGCGACUGCAUUUCCCGCCGGCGUUACCGUCGGCGCCACCUGGAAUAAGGAGUUGAUGUAUGAGCGAGGAAAGGCACACGGACAAGAAGCCCGGGGCAAGGGGAUAAAUGUCCUGCUGGGACCAUGCGUCGGCCCUCUGGGGCGCUUGCCAGCUGGCGGCCGCAACUGGGAGGGAUUUGGCGCCGACCCUUACCUGCAGGGAAUCGCUGCCGCCGAGACCAUCAAGGGCAUCCAAGAACAGGGUGUCAUGGCGACCAUUAAGCACUUUGUGGCAAACGAGCAAGAGCACUUCCGCCAGAGCUGGGAAUGGGGCCUGCCCAAUGCCAUCUCCAGUAACAUCGACGACCGAGCUAUGCAUGAGCUUUACGCCUGGCCGUUCCUGGACGCCGUCAAGGCCGGCGUUGCGAGUGUCAUGUGCUCGUACAACCAAGUCAACAACUCGUAUGCAUGCGACAACUCCAAGCUUCUUAACGGUAUUUUGAAGGACGAGAUGGGUUUUCAGGGCUUCGUCAUGAGCGACUGGCUCGCACAGCGCUCGGGCGUCGGUAGCGCGCUGGCCGGAUUGGACAUGACGAUGCCUGGCGAUGGGCUUUUCUGGGCAGACGGCAAGUCUCUUUGGGGCCCUGAGCUCACCAAAGCUGUCCUGAACGGAUCCGUUCCCGUCGACAGACUGGAUGACAUGGCCGUUCGCAUCGUUGCCUCAUGGUAUCAGUUGGGACAGGACGACAAAAAGCUUUUCCCCGACGAGCUUCCCAACUUCUCCUCGUGGACCGACGACAAGAUGGGGACUCUUGCUCCCGGCAGCAAAACCCCCCAGCCGCAGUUGGAGGUGAACAAGUACGUCAACGUGCAGAGCAACCACUCGGACGUCGCUCGCCGUGUUGCUGCCGAGGGCACGGUGCUGCUGAAGAACGACAACGUACUGCCCAUCAGCAGAGAAGGCUUUGUCGACGCCAAACGCAAGCGCCAUGAAGGGAAGCUGAAGAUUGGUAUCUUCGGCGAGGAUGCCGGCCCCGGCAACGGACCCAACUACUGCAAGGAUCGCGGCUGCAACCAAGGCACUUUGGGCUCCGGUUGGGGCAGUGGCGCGGUCGAAUUCCCUUACCUGGUGCCGCCAGUGGAGGCUCUGAAGAAGGGCUUCAAGUCCGACAAGGUCGAACUGUCCGAGUUUCUCACCAACUCGCCUCCGUUCAAGAAGGACCCGUCCAUCCUGCACGACCAGGAUGUCUGCUUCGUGUUCGCCAACGCGGAUUCUGGCGAGGGCUUCGUGUCCUGGGGCGGUAACAGCGGAGACCGUAAGGAUCUCAAGUUACAAAAUGGUGGAGACGACCUCAUCCUCCGAGUCGCCGAUAAUUGCGGCAAGGGCGAUGGAAACUCGGUGGGCGGCGAUACUGUCGUGGUCAUUCACUCUGUUGGACCUGUCGAGAUGGAGCGUUGGAUCGAGCACCCUGGCGUCAAAGCGGUCUUGUACGCCAAUCUUCCUGGACAAGAGAGCGGAAACGCACUUGCGGAUGUCAUUUUUGGCGACGUCAAUCCCAGCGGCAAGCUGCCGUACACGAUUCCCAAGUCUUUGAAGGACUUCGGACCAGGCGGGCAGAUUCUGUAUCUCCCCAACGGUGUUGUGCCUCAGCAAGACUUUUCCGAAGGCUUGUACAUCGACUAUCGCUACUUCGACAAGAAGAAGAUUGAGCCUCGUUUUGAGUUUGGAUUCGGCUUGUCGUACACGACGUUCGACUUUUCCAAUGUCGUCGUCGAGGGUGUCAAGCCCAAGAGCGUACUGCCCGCGGCUCGCCCAUCGCCCGGAGCCGAGCCGCCGAAAUUCAGCGACAAGAUCCCCGACAAGAAGGAGGCCCUGUUCCCCGAUGGCUUCCGCAAACUCGACAAAUACGUCUACCCCUACCUAAACACUGUUGACGACAUCUCGACAGAGCCGUACCCCUACCCAGAAGGUUACGACGUGAAGCAGCCCUUAUCGGAAGCCGGCGGCGAGGAGGGCGGGAACCCCGAUCUCUGGGAGACGUACGUCACGGUCAAGGCGGAUGUGACCAACACCGGUGCCGUCGCCGGCAAGGUCGUCCCCCAGCUGUACCUGUCCUACCCAAAGAACGUCCACGGCGUGGACUUCCCGGUCAAGGUGCUUCGCGGGUUCGACAAGUUCAACCUGGAGAAGGGCGAGAAGAAGACGGUCACAUUCAACCUGACACGUCGCGACCUGAGUUAUUGGGACGUCCAUCAUCAAAAUUGGGUCAUGGUCACGUCCGGAGAGUACUCGUUUCUCGUCGGCGAGAGCUCCCGGCAGUUGUCCAAGGUGGGUAGCUGGUAG